UUCCCCCUGUCUCCUCCUCCUCUUCUUCCUCCUCCUCCUGCAUUCGGGUUUGAGCACCCGCUGCCCCCCGCCAGAGCUGCCUCCCCUCGCACCGCCGCCGUCCUGCCCCGCCUGCCCGCCGGGCUCAGCCCGCACCCAGGAGCCGCGCACAGGAGAGGCAGAGCACCCAGGAUUAUGGCAAUUUCUUCCACCUUCUCUCCUUUCCUUUUCCUGUGCAUGCUGGUUCUUUCUGACAUCAGCCUUGCAGUCUCCGUGGACCCUGGCACGAAGCUCAAAAAUGUUCCAGAGAACAACAACCAUCUUCAAAACCAAGACAUGUGGCUGCAGCAGCCCAGAAGUGGCCACCACCACAAGCAUGGCUUGGCCAAGAAGGAGAGGGUCCAUGCCAUGCCUUCUAAAGGGCGGUCCGAUGGUGAAGAGGCCCUCAGAAUGGGUAGUGGAGCUCCAGCUGUGGAAGAGCUGGCGGCAGAAGGACAGCCAGCAGCCCUGAAACAGAACAAGGAUGUGUUCCUGGGGUUGGAGCUCCCAUACCCUGAAAGGGAGAACCAGUCCCCUGGGUCUGAGAGAGGAAAGAAGCAGAACCGCGAACAUCGGCGCCACAGCCGCAGGGACAGGCUGAAACACCACCGAGGGAAGACUCCUGAUGCUGUGCCAAGCUCCCUGUACAAGAAACCUGAAAGCUUUGAGGAACAGUUUCAACACCUGCAGGCAGUGGAAGCUACAAGUCUGACCCCCACCAUGCUUCUCAUCACUGCACUGGAGCUAGCUGUUUCCACAGAGGAGCCUCCUGUUCUUCCAGCCACAUCACCACGGUCACAGGCCCGCCUCAGGCAAGAUGGGGAUGUGAUGCCCACCCUAGAUAUGGCACUCUUUGACUGGACAGAUUAUGAGGAUCUCAAACCAGAAAUGUGGCCAUCUGCUAAAAAGAAAGAAAAACGCCGCAGUAAGAGCCCCACCAGUGGAAAUGAAACAGUGAUGGCUGAAGGAGAGCCCUGUGAUCAUCACCUUGACUGCUUCCCAGGCUCUUGCUGUGACUUGCGUGAGCACCUCUGCAAACCACACAAUCGAGGCCUUAACAACAAGUGCUAUGAUGACUGUAUGUGCACUGAAGGGCUACGCUGUUAUGCCAAAUUCCACCGGAACCGAAGAGUGACCCGGAGGAAAGGGCGCUGCGUGGAGCCCGAGUCAGCCAACGGAGAGCAGGGAUCAUUCAUUAAUGUUUAGGAGGGUAGGAUUCCUGCCUGGAUGGUCAGGAGCUGGGGUCAAGCUGUUUAUACCUAGCAAUGGGAAUUAGAGGAGAAAAGUCAAGCAAAUGACUGAAGCUGCAGGCUUGGAACAUGCCACGUUCCAACUAAACUGAAGCUAGUGUUCAUUGUAAAUUGAGUGGUCUCAAGGCUUUUCUGUACCAGGACUGCAUUCCACCUCCUUUCCCUCAGCACAUUCCUGCCAUUGAGCUGGGUCUCCCUCUCCUGGUUAGUAAGAGGUGAUCAUGACUACCGUUCUCCUAUUGGUAGUAAGUUCCUCCUCUCAACAGAGGCAAGAUAUGACCCAUCCUUCAGGUCAAAUGGGAUAUGAGCUUAAACUUUACCCCUUAACUAUCACUUGAGAAGAAAGGUAGAGCCUCCUUCAGGAUCAGAGGUUCCUGAGGAUAGGAAGCUUGUAGCAUCCAGGUGGAAUCAAAGGUAGGAAACAGGUCAUCAGGAAGGUGAGAGGGGCCCCUCUGACAGAGUUCAUGCUCUCUCCCUUGUUCACUGCCACAGACAGGUAUUCUCUAGCUGUUACACACUAUCUGUUUUCUAUAGGACCAUCCAGACCUCCUUUCCUAGCUUCCAGAGAACCACCUGGUUUCUGCAAGGAUGUGGCAGGACAUCCCAGCCUGCAGCUCUCACUCAUUUAAUUACUCUGCCAAGUCUGUUAUUUUUAAGAAUUAUUUUUAGGAGCUUUCUAGGGAAGUGAUAGUUUUCCUAGUGAGCCAGAAAUAAAGGUUUUUGGUAACAGGAGAUAGGGACAGGCUGUUCCAUUGUAGUAAAUCCUGUGAUAUGUUGCAUGUGUGUUCCCAUGAUAUGUAAAUAAAGAUAUGAUAGAUACCUUUUGUGCAA